AUGUUGGCGGAAUGGGAGGAAGAGAUCCCCGAAGAUGUGGCCCACCUGGACAUAAGUAAGGUCUACGACGUGGGUGGCACCAGGAACAGUAAGAAAUGUGAAGUGGUACUGUCAUUUUUACACACUAUCAAUUAGUUCACUCCAACAUACAAGUACAACAAUAAAAAAAUGAUAUUUCAUUUAUAGUCCAUUUAAAAAAACACCAGCUGCUAAAAGUGUAUCUUCAAUCAAUCACGUUGCAAACUUGAAAAGUUACUUGUGUUUACAAAAAAAAUCAUUGUCCUUGACAGAAUUUUUUUUUACCCUUUUACAGAAAAGUAACAAUUGCCACACAAUUAUACUGUUUACCAGCUGAAGUCAAUCACAGAUGCCACAAACCUGUAUCUGGUAUGGCACCAGGACAACCAUCCAGGGGAGCCGGCAAAGCUUCCACUGGCACUGUUAGACAUAAAGGCGUUCUGCAUGUCAUGUGGCAGAGCAGGAUUGUCCUUUCCGAGAAUAAUAAAUUACAUUUUUGGGGGUCUCUGCAUGUUCAUGGAUAGGUAUUAUUUCAUCAUCAAUAAAUUUCUUCAACUUUCUAGCACCUUUCAAAUAAACAUCCUAGCCCAGCAAGUGCCCAUCCAGAGCAAGGAAAGAGCCUCAUAAAAUAUCUGAGGAAGUAG